GUUCCAUUCCACUCACUCAGUCCAUUUAUUCCAUCUUCUUUUGUCAGACCACUUCUCUUCUAUCAAUUCUCAUUGCUCACCUCAUCAUCACUCAUUUCCACUUUCUCUCUCUUUUGCUUUCCUUCUUUCUCUCUCUAAACCUUCUUCCAUGGCUGAAUGCCCUCAUCAAGAUAUCAAUUCUGAACCUCUCCAAUACCAGACAUGGGUGUUAAGAGUCUCCAUUCACUGUGAAGGCUGUAAACGUAAAGUCAAGAGAAUCCUCCACAGCGUUGAAGGAGUUUACACAAUAGAUGUGGAUACAAGACUACAUAGAGUGAUCGUUACAGGGAACGUGGAUGCCAACACUCUUUUAAGAAAACUUGAAAAAUCUGGAAAACAUGCUGAGUUAUGGCCUGAUUCCUUCAGAAACCCCAACAAUUGUCAACAACAGGAACAACCCCAAAACCAAAACACUGUUGAACAACAACAGGAACCUCAAAAUGGAACUGAUAUUAAUAAUUCAGAACAGCAACAACAACAGCAACAACAGCAACAACAACAACAACAACAACUGCAACAACAACAACAACAACUGCAACAACAACAUCAACAACAGCAGCAGCAGCAGCAUCAACAACAGCAGCAGCAGCAACAACAACAGCAGCAACAGCAGCAGCAACAACAAGUGAAAGAGGUGAGAUUCGAAGUGAAUACUCCGGCAUGCGGAGAACCACAACAACAACCGGGGAGUAACAACCCUGGUGAUGCUGGAGGAAAUGGUGCCGGCGGUGGUGCUAAGAAGAAGAAGAAGAAAAAGAAGAAAUCUAACAACAGUUCUAACAACGCAACAACCCCAACAAACAACAACAACAACAACAACAACGUUGGAAAUGGUGAAGUAGCACCAGAGCAGGUGGUUAAUGGUGGACCGCAAAGCAGUGAAUCAUAUCCUCCUAAUGGACCUCCACCUCAACAGUACCCUAACCCGAGCCCGGAAAAUCUAAGCCCGCAACAUCAGCAGCAGCCCCCAACGAGUGCGCGGGUGUACGAGUACGGACCACCGACUUACUACGCGCCUCAACCCAUUUACGCCGUUAAUUACAACACGGCGUAUCCUAGCAGCAGUUACAGUGCGUCAUACUAUUCUGCGCCUCCUCCGCCUUAUUCCUACGCGUAUGUACACCAAGGGGGUGACGUGGAGUCACCUGCGCCCUUGGAUUGGAAUCUGCAUGCUGCACCGCAAGCGGAUUCGUUUGAGAUUUUUAGUGACGAAAACCCGAAUGCGUGCUCCGUUAUGUGAGAGAUGAAUCGGGUUUACUUUAGAAAACCGUUUAUGACAUAUACGGCUCGUAUAAGGGGGUAAUUUUGGUAAUGUAACUACUAAUGUGUAUAAUCUCAAUGUAGGUGCCAGUUUGAGGUGAAAUAAGGGGGUCCUUCAAAUGUUGGUGUAAUUUUUUUUAUCAAUUUUUUUUUAUUUAUUUUAGGUUUUGAAUUUGGAAGAUUAGUGCUAAAUUUACUUCUAGUAAGUUCUUUCUUAGUUGUUUACUAAUGCAUACAACCCUCCUCUUUAUUGUAAAGUGUUGUUUGGCUUUUAGCUAAUGGAUGGUGAAUUGAAGGACGUAAAAGGUUAAUUUA